AAAUGUAAUAGUUCAUAUACUAAAAACAUUACAAAACUUUUUGCAGUUAGCAACUGUUAGCAGAUGUUGGAGGUGAAGGAAAAGCUCUACUGAGAGGAACACAUUGUAAGUCCUGCGAUCAUCAUGAGUAAGACAAAGCCGAAGCUUCCACCACGAAGAGCAACUCUGAUUCAUGAAGGUCCUCCAAAACGAUCCCUUCUACAUACAGAUAGGACAAAUCUUGAUGAAAAUGGAAAAGUCAGAAAAUGGACUUAUGGAAACAAAGAUGACAGUAAACCAAACAAAAUUGUUCUUCUGGUGGGAGAGACUGGCGCUGGUAAGACGACUCUUAUCAACACCAUGGUCAACUACUUACUGGGAGUGACGUUUAAGGAAGAAAAGUGGUAUGAAAUUACAGAAGAAGCAGCAGGAGAUCAAUCAGAAUCACAAACUUCUGAAAUCACCAUGUAUGAAGUCUCUUCUAUUAAAAGUCCCAUAUCUCUCACCAUCAUUGAUACUCCAGGCUACGGAGACACUAGAGGACUGGACAAUGAUCUGGAAGUUGCUGAGAAUUUAUCUGCCCUGUUCCAAAGAAAUGAUGGAGUUUGUGAAGUCGAUGCUGUGUGUUUUGUGAUUCAAGCAUCAAAGAAUCGUCUCUCAGACAGACAGCAUUACAUUAUCAGUUCAAUUCUGUCUUUGUUUGGUAAAGAUAUUGUGAACAACAUUGUGUUUUUAAUCACACACUCUGAUGGUCUGCCAGCCAAUAAUGUCCUUUCCAGCAUCAAUAAAGCUAGAAUCCCCUGCAGACGAGACAAAAGUGGCCAACCUGUUCAUUUCUUAUUCAACAACAGACAGACUGAAGAUCGUCACACUAAAGAUCGUCAUAUUCGCGCUCAAAGAGACGCCUGGGAAGACAGUGUGGAAGGCAUGAGGCAAUUCUUUCAGACUCUGAAUGAAAUGAACAGAAGAAGUUUAAAGUUGACUUCAGAUGUACUGAUGGAGCGCAUUCAGUUUGAAGCAUCCAUCUGCAACUUACAGCUGCGAAUUCAAGAGAAGGAGUUGAAAAUAGAUGAAAAACGUCAGAUCCAGGAGGCAAUGAUGCAAAACAAGGAAAAGAUUGAGGAGUGUAAAAACUUCACGAUUAAAGUCAAAAAGACUGUCAAACAGAAGGUGCCCAUCGAGAGCAAGUCAUGGAAGAACAGGAAGGCGACAACCUGCACCGUCUGUGAAGAAAACUGUCAUGAGUUUGACUGCUGGUGGGUUUCUGAUCCCAGCAAAUGUGAAGUCAUGAAAAAAGGCUACUGCACCGUGUGCACAGGGAAGUGUCAUCACAGCAAACACGUCAAAGAAAACAAGAGAUACAUCAUCAAAAUUUCAAACGUCAUGAUGGAGUUUGACUCCAUAAAAAAGGAAUAUGAAAAAGCCCAAGAAGAGUCCAAAAUAUAUUCAUUUUUAAUGCAACGUCUUGACAAAGAUCUGCAGGAUAUUGAAGACCAAAAGUCAAAUCUUUUGUUCGAAGCUUACCAGACCAUCAAGAAUCUGUCUCAGAUUGCAUUAAAACCAGACUCUGCCUUCACUCUUCAGCAUCUGGACUUCUUCAUCCCCAGAGUGAGGGAGGCUGGGAAAGAAGACUGGGUGAGAGAGUUGGAGGAAAUGAGGAGAAAAGCUGUAGAAGAUGAAGCCAAUAAAAACGCUCUCAGUUAUCUGAAAGCUGGUCUGGCAAAACUUUUCAUGAAUGGGAAAUGAUUGAAUCCAGUACAGUGAACAAUCAAAGUAUAAACCUGCUUCCUACAAUGAGAAAA